AGUCAGCCAGCAGUGUUCAAAGAGACCAAGCAGAGAGAGAGAGAGAGAGAGAGAGAGUAGCGCUUAUCAAAACUGAUAAAAGAAAAAUCAUUUCCAGUACGUUCGCCGAGCUGAAGUUGUUGUCUGAGAAACUUUGGGAAACUUUGGGAAACUUUGGGAAGAUGAGUUUUUGGAAGACCUGGUGUGCUGCACUGCUGCCUCUGCUGAUAUCAGCCCAGUACCAAGGGGACAACGGGAUAGUCGUCCCGGAGCAUGGUUUUUGUCAGCCGAUUUCAAUCCCUCUGUGCACGGACAUAGCCUACAACCAAACAAUCAUGCCAAACUUAGUGGGCCAUUACAACCAAGAGGACGCGGGGCUGGAGGUGCACCAGUUUUACCCUCUUGUGAAGGUACAGUGCUCGCCGGAGUUGAAAUUCUUUCUGUGCUCCAUGUAUGCGCCUGUGUGUACUGUGUUGGAAAAGGCCAUUCCUCCGUGUAGGUCAAUCUGUGAGAGAGCCAGACAGGGCUGCGAGGCUCUCAUGAACAAGUUUGGCUUUCAGUGGCCGGACAGACUGCGCUGUGAGAACUUCCCCGUGCUGGGAGACGGACAAAUCUGUGUGGGCCAAAACGAGUCCUCCCCGGCCACUGUACCACCCAUCAUGCCUGUCCCAGGGACACAGGACAUCCCCAUGGUCAGCACACAUGACAGGCCUUUCCGUUGCCCCUCUGUUCUCAAAGUACCCCCUUAUUUGAAUUAUAAGUUUUUAGAUGAGAAGGAUUGUGCAGCUCCCUGUGAGCCAUCAAGGAGUGGUGGCAACAUGUUUUUCAGUGACAAAGAGAUUCACUUCUCCCGCAUAUGGAUUCUGAUCUGGUCUGUGCUUUGCUGUGCGUCUACAUUAUUCACAGUGACCACAUAUUUAGUUGACAUGCAGCGCUUCAGAUACCCCGAGCGGCCUAUCAUCUUCCUGUCUGGCUGCUACACCAUGGUCUCCAUAGCCUACAUAGCUGGCUACUUCCUGGGGGACAAAGUGGUGUGCAAUGACAGCUUCAGCCCAGAAAGCUAUAAAACCAUCGUCCAAGGAACCAAGAAGGAAAGUUGCACCAUCCUCUUCAUGAUGCUCUAUUUCUUCAGCAUGGCCAGCUCCAUCUGGUGGGUCAUCCUGUCUCUCACCUGGUUCCUGGCAGCAGGUAUGAAGUGGGGCCAUGAGGCUAUAGAGGCCAACUCUCAGUAUUUUCACCUGGCAGCCUGGGCAGUGCCAGCCGUCAAGACCAUCAGCAUCCUAGCCAUCGGGCAGAUCGAGGGUGAUGUGCUCAGCGGCGUCUGCUUUGUCAGUCUCAGCAACCUGGACCCUCUUCGAGGCUUUGUGCUGGCCCCUCUCUUCAUUUACCUCUUCAUCGGUACCUCUUUCCUGCUGGCCGGCUUUGUGUCACUCUUCCGAAUCCGCACCAUCAUGAAACACGAUGGCACCAAGACCGAGAAGCUGGAGCGACUGAUGGUGCGGAUCGGGGUGUUCAGCGUGCUCUACACCGUCCCAGCCACCAUUGUUAUCGCCUGCUUCUUCUAUGAGCAGGCCUUCCGAGCCCACUGGGAGCGCAGCUGGGUCAGCCACAACUGCAGGGGCUUGGCCAUCCCAUGUCCUAUGCAGAGCGGGCCCCGCAUGACUCCAGACUUCACUGUCUACAUGAUCAAGUACCUGAUGACACUGAUUGUUGGUAUCACAUCUGGUUUCUGGAUCUGGUCUGGAAAGACUCUACACUCCUGGCAUAAGUUCUACACGAGGCUAACAAAUGGCAAACACGGAGAGACGACCGUGUAGAAUAAAGGGACAUCUAAGUGUUGCUGGGACUAUUUUGUCUAUUAUUACCUGUUUCUUUUGUGAUAGGUAAGUAGCACAGAGAGUAACUAUAGGUUCUUACACACAUUUGUAUUCACCUCAGCUUUAUAGCCACACAUGUAUGCCGAACUGAGGGUCAGGGUUUGACAAAAGGGCAAACUGGAUAAACAAGGACUAAACCUGACUGUCUGAACAAAUAACAAGCAUGACUAUGGACGCCAUGUGCUGAAAUGCUCCCCCCUCCUCUCUCUCUCUCUGGCUCUUUUCUUAAAGCCACCAUAAACUCAAAGGGAAUGAUGAUCCCACAGCCAAGAACACAGAGAGCGGGCGGGGAAUGAGCAGUGGAAGAACGGCAGUUUAUUCUCUCUGUAAACAUUUCAUGAAAGAAAUUGUAAAUAGUAUUUGUAAAAACAUGAAAUUAUAUAUUUGUAUUUAAAGAAAGUAAAUACUUUUCCUCAUCUGCCAGUGUACCUGCUUUACUUUCAUACUGUAACAAUGCCACAUAUUAUACUAGUCAUGUUCCUUUUUUUUUUUUAUGAACUGCUGGUCAUAAAUUACUUUUUAUGGAUUAAAAGAAUGUCUACUCUGUUGGAUCGAAAAAAA